CAAUUCAGAGCCACCUCUCUCUCUCUCUCUCUCUCUCUCUCUCUCUCUCGUUACAAUACAGCCAAGUGAUCAAAUUAGGGUUUUCAAAAUCUUCAACAAUCUCUUCUUCGUCGUCAUCAUCUUCUUCUAGAGAGAGAAAGUGUUUUAGAGAGAGAAAGUAUGAGGGAUACGAGCUUGGAUCUUUUCGAUCCGAGGACGGUGAUGGACUCCGACUACUCCCCCAACGGCGGUCGCGACGGCGAUUUUGGCUUUGCUUUCAACGAUAGUAACUUCUCCGACAGAGUGCUCCGAAUCGAGAUCAUGGCCGAUUCGCCGGAGACUGGGUCGGACGGCGAGGGAUGUCACGGUCUUGCCGAUUGGGCUAGGUAUCGGAAGCGCAGAAGAGAAGAUGUCAAGAAAGAUAACGCUGUGGAUACUGUUGGAUGCCCUGAGGAGCAGAUUUUGAGUUGUAACCAGCCUGAUACUGAUGAUUGUGUGGGCUGUGAAAAUCAAGAUGAGGAAGCAGUUGCAAUGAUUGAAGAAUCACCAUCAGGAGAUGAUGAAGCUGGAAAUAGUAAUGAUUCAAACUGGAGCAUGGAUUGUUCUACAGUUUUGAGAGUGAAAACUUUGCAUAUCAGUUCUCCAAUUUUGGCAGCAAAAAGUCCAUUUUUCUAUAAGCUCUUCUCAAAUGGGAUGAGGGAGUCAGAGCAGCGACAUGUAGCACUACGAAUCAAUGCUUCUGUGAUUUGUGAGAAUGGAAUAGACGUUCAGCCUUUGACAGACGCAGCAAAGCAGUUCCUUGCUGCCCGUUACAAAGACAUAACCAAGUUCCAUGACGAGGUUAUGAGCUUGCCCCUUGCUGGAAUUGAAGCAGUUUUGUCUAGUGAUGAUCUCCAGGUGGCAUCAGAAGAUGCUGUAUAUGAUUUCGUGUUGAAGUGGUCCAGAGCCCAGUACCCAAAACUUGAGGAGCGGAGAGAAAUCCUAGGUUCUCGCCUUGGUCGCUACAUCCGCUAUCCUUACAUGACUCCCCGUAAGCUAAAGAAGGUUUUAACAUGCAAUGACUUUGAUCACGACCUUGCAUCCAAGGUUGUGCUAGAGGCUCUAUUUUUCAAAGCCGAGGCCCCGCACCGACAGAGAACCCUUGCUGCAGAAGAGUCCGCCACCAUAAACCGACGCUUCAUUGAACGAGCCUACAAAUAUCGGCCCGUAAAGGUGAUCGAGUUUGAACUCCCGCGACAGCAAUGUGUGGUUUACCUGGAUCUGAAGCGAGAGGAGUGUGCAAAUUUGUUCCCAUCCGGGCGAGUGUAUUCCCAAGCGUUCCACCUAGGUGGACAAGGUUUCUUCUUAUCAGCACACUGCAACAUGGACCAACAGAGCUCGUUCCAUUGUUUCGGGCUGUUUCUCGGAAUGCAGGAAAAAGGGUCCGUCACUUUUGCGGUCGACUACGAGUUUGCAGCACGGUCAAAGCCAACAGAGGAGUACAUUAGCAAAUACAAAGGCAAUUACACUUUUACAGGAGGCAAAGCUGUUGGCUACCGCAACUUAUUUGCCAUACAAUGGACUUCAUUCAUGGCCGAGGAUAGUCUUUAUUUCCUCAAGGGCAUACUCCAUCUCAGGGCCGAGCUUACUAUCAGGCACUGAUAAACUCAGACUAUUUUGACUUUGCUUCUCAGGUAGGCUAACCUUCGCAGUAAAGGUAAGGAGUUAUGUUUCAAGUUAAGAUGUCAUUUGUUGGUCUUGAGUCCACAGGCCAAAUCAUGCUCUAGAAGACGGUAAAAAAUGUAUAUGCGUUGCUUGUUGGAGAGAGAGGAAGAAUUUCCCUUCCCAUCUCGUUAGACUUUUUAAAAAAAAUGCAAAUACAGAGGAUGUUGUUGAUUUGGUGUU